CAGCCGGGCCGCCUCGCGCGGGGUCCUCGCAGUGACGUGCAGGAGCCGCGGUGCAGGCUGGGUCUUUCUCUUUGCGGCUCGGGCCAGCAGCAGCGCGAUGGGUAAGUGUCGUGGGCUUCGUACUGCCAGGAAGCUUCGCAGCCAUCGACGGGAUCAGAAAUGGCAUGACAAGCAGUACAAGAAGGCCCACUUGGGUACUGCCCUGAAAGCCAACCCCUUUGGAGGAGCUUCCCAUGCCAAGGGAAUUGUCCUGGAAAAAGUUGGCGUAGAGGCUAAGCAGCCUAAUUCAGCCAUCAGGAAAUGUGUCAGAGUCCAGCUGAUCAAGAAUGGCAAGAAAAUAACAGCCUUUGUUCCUAAUGAUGGUUGCUUGAAUUUCAUUGAGGAAAAUGAUGAAGUUCUGGUUGCUGGCUUUGGUCGGAAAGGUCACGCUGUUGGUGACAUUCCUGGAGUUCGCUUCAAGGUUGUCAAAGUAGCCAAUGUUUCCCUUUUAGCCUUGUACAAAGGCAAGAAGGAGAGACCAAGAUCAUAAACUUUUGUUACUCUGUUAAGGAUGUCAAUAAAAAUGUUCAUCCAAAGAAA